UCUGCAGAUGACUUCGUCAACCAUUUUGAAAAGAAGGUCGAUGACAUCCGAUCCUCGUUUGCUAAGUCAAACGACACCGCUGGUUCUGCUCACACUGCCCUACCCUAUGCUCUGACCUCUUUCUCCCCUCUCUCUCCAGAUGAAAUCUCGCGUCUUGUGACGGCCGGCCGCCCAACAACCUGCCCGCUUGACCCUAUCCCCUCCUCUCUUCUCCAGACCAUUUCCGGAGACCUUCUCCCUUACCUCACCUCGCUCAUCAACUCAUCCCUGACCGCUGGCUACGUCCCUCCCGUCUUCAAGAGAGCGAGAGUUGCACCCCUUCUGAAAAAACCUACACUCGAUCCCUCCGAUGUCAACAACUACAGACCAGUAUCCCUUCUCUCUUUUCUCUCCAAAACUCUUGAGCGUGCCGUCCUUGGCCAGCUCUACCGCUAUCUCUCUCAGAAUGACCUUCUUGAUCCAAAUCAGUCAGGUUUCAAGACUAGUCAUUCAACUGAGACUGCUCUUCUCUGUAUCACGGAGGCGCUCCGCACUGCUAAAGCUAACUCUCUCUCCUCUGCUCUCAUCCUUCUAGACCUAUCGGCUGCCUUCGAUACUGUGAACCAUCAGAUCCUCCUCUCCACCCUCUCCGAGUUGGGCAUCUCCGGCGCGGCCCACGCUUGGAUUGCGUCCUACCUGACAGGUCGCUCCUACCAGGUGGCGUGGCGAGAAUCUGUCUCCUCACCACGCGCUCUCACCACUGGUGUUCCCCAGGGCUCUGUUCUAGGCCCUCUCCUAUUCUCGCUAUACACCAAGUCACUUGGCUCUGUCAUAACCUCACAUGGUCUCUCCUAUCAUUGCUAUGCAGACGACACACAAUUAAUCUUCUCCUUUCCCCCUUCUGAUGACCAGGUGGCGAAUCGCAUCUCUGCAUGUCUGGCAGACAUAUCAGUGUGGAUGACGGAUCACCACCUCAAGCUGAACCUCGGCAAGACGGAGCUGCUCUUCCUCCCGGGGAAGGACUGCCCGUUCCAUGAUCUCGCCAUCACGGUUGACAACUCCAUUGUGUCCUCCUCCCAGAGCGCUAAGAAACUUGGCGUGAUCCUGGACAACACCCUGUCGUUCUCAACUAACAUCAAGGCGGUGGCCCGUUCCUGUAGGUUCAUGCUCUACAACAUCCGCAGAGUACGACCCUGCCUCACACAGGAAGCGGCGCAGGUCCUAAUCCAGGCACUUGUCAUCUCCCGUCUGGAUUACUGCAACUCGCUGUUGGCUGGGCUCCCUGCCUGUGCCAUUAAACCCCUACAACUCAUCCAGAACGCCGCAGCCCGUCUGGUGUUCAACCUUCCCAAGUUCUCUCACGUCACCCCGCUCCUCCGCUCUCUCCACUGGCUUCCAGUUGAAGCUCGCAUCCGCUACAAGACCAUGGUGCUUGCCUACGGAGCUGUGAGGGGAACGGCACCUCAGUACCUCCAGGCUCUGAUCAGGUCCUACACCCAAACAAGGGCACUGCGUUCAUCCACCUCUGGCCUGCUCGCCUCCCUACCACUGAGGAAGUACAGUUCCCGCUCAGCCCAGUCAAAACUGUUCGCUGCUCUGGCCCCCCAAUGGUGGAACAAACUCCCUCACGACGCCAGGACAGCGGAGUCAAUCACCACCUUCCGGAGACACCUGAAACCCCACCUCUUUAAGGAAUACCUAGGAUAGGAUAAA